ACACGUUUAAAGCAGUAUAAGAAUUACGAGAACCUCUCGCUUCCUCGCUUCGAGCUUGAUAAGGAAUGCUUGGAAGUAGAGAAGGGACAGACUUUUUAUGACUUUCAGUACAACACAAGGCUUGUCAAAUCCACAAUCGUUCAUUUUCAGGUAGAGGCUGUUGUACUUUACACUCGCCUGUUUAAUUAAUUUCAUGUUUCAUCUUUUUUUGCGAAUUCAUCGCAUUGUUUCAGUGUUGAGUUUCUCAUUUCUUUGCUCUAAAAAUUUAUUUAAAAUGGAGUGCUUUGUUUUUUUUUCUACUUCAUGCAAGUGCAUUUUUUCAUAGUCAGAAGUCUUGAUGCAUAAGAACUUCACAUUCUCAUUGCCCAAGCCCUCCAUAUUUCAUAUAUUGCAAGUUUAUAAAACUGCUGCACAUCAUGAGAUCCAUGCUUAAUGCAUCUUCAGUAGAGUAACACAACUCACCACCCCAUAUUUAAACUGAUCUGCUCUAACAGAUGGUUCAAACAUCGAUUAUUGCAAAAUCAUUAUAGUUUUGCAGGUGUUGUGAUUAUAUUAUAUCCUUUAUGGAUAUCUUUAUAUGCGAUUAUAGCUCUGUGCCUGAAUUUGUCAGAGGUAUGGAGUUUAAAAUUGAUCAACUUUAUGCUAGGUUUAGCAUUUCUCUAAUUAUUUGGGAUGCUAUCAACUUAUGAACAACUGACAUUAGUUUUCCAGCAUAAAUUAUCAUCCAGUGAGGCCAUCGACCAAUUCCUCUGCAGGCCUACAGGAUGGUGAUUAAAUCUUUCCUGGAUUUGAAAGUAUAUUUUUUGGAAAUUAAUCCGUUUAAGCAGGGUGGAAGUUAUAUCUGAGCAGCUGGCGCAGUUAAAGUACGUUUUUUAUAUGGUAUGGUAGGAAAAUAUCUGAGCAUUUAAGAGGCCUCCUCUGUACAAAUUCCUGUAGUUUAUCUACCUGUAUCAAGCUCAAGGGACCAAAUUAUCGCAAAAUUUGCAUUUCUGCAUGUGGCAUUCUAUUAAUGCAUUCCAAGCCUUUUGUAGCUUGUACACUUCUCUCAUGUUUAAUUAGCUCGAUGCUCCUUUCCUGUUAUUUACUGCUCAUGCAUCUAUAUUACAAUUUCUUCUUGUGUUUGCUAAAUUUUUGUUUCCACAUGUACUUCACUACAAAAGCCUCAUUUUAGAACUGCCUACAAUUAUUAUACAAUAUAAACAUCAGUCAAUGGCCUAAUUGUUUUUAAUGGUGCAGAUUGAGCAACUAUAUGUAUGUAGCAUAAUAUUUGCUUCAAAUUUUCAUGCUUGAAAGACCUGCUCUGAUUUUAGCUCUUGAUUUUGUUAAAAAAAAAAUAAUUCCAACAGGAACUUUGAAUAUUCUAAUCGGAGGAAUUUUGUUAUUAAUGUUCUGGUCUUCUGUUUGUCUUUGCAUUGUGCAGCUGAGGAAUCUGCUCUGGGCAACAUCGAAACAUGAUGUGUAUCUUAUGCAAAAUUACUCAGUUAUGCAUUGGUCAUCACUACUGCGGCAUGGCAAAGAAGUACUCAAUGUGGCUAAACCAAUUGCUCCGACCUGGCAACGCCCAGGAUUGUUGUCUAAGUCACUCUCCAGAGUGCAGAUAAGCACUAUGGCUGUUAAAGAGAACUUGAUGGUGGCAGGCGGCUUCCAAGGAGAACUUAUUUGCAUGUAUUUGAAUCAACCUGGAGUUGCAUUCUGCACAAAAAUAACAACAGGUGAAAAUGCCAUAACCAAUGCAGUGGAUGUAUAUCAUAACCACAAUGGCUCAAUGAGGAUUAUGGUUGCCAAUAACGAUGCUCAAGUCAGAGUAUUUGAUGCUGAAACGUUUGCUUCGCUGAAUACUUUCUCCUUUAAUUGGUCUGUAAAUAACACCUCUGUUAGCCCAGAUGGUAAGCUGCUUGCAGUGCUUGGGGACAGUGCUGAAUGCUUGAUUGCCGAUGCCACUUCAGGGAAAGUGACCGGCAGCCUCAAAGGGCAUUUGGAUUAUUCCUUUGCAUCUGCCUGGCACCCUAACGGACAGAUUUUGGCCACUGGAAACCAAGACACUACGUGCAGGCUGUGGGAUAUAAGGAAUCUGACCCAGUCCCUUGCAGUAUUAAAAGGGAAUAUGGGGGCAAUAAGAGGUCUAAAGUUCUCCUCAGAUGGUCGCUUUUUGGCAAUGGCUGAGCCUGCGGACUUCGUUCAUGUUUUUGAUACACAAUCUGAUUACGUCAAAUGCCAGGAGAUAGAUAUAUUUGGGGAGAUUGCUGGCAUUUCUUUCAGCCCCGAUACAGAAGCUCUUUUUGUUGGUAUCGCUGACCGUACUUACGGUAGCUUGUUAGAGUUCAACAGGAGGCAUUGCAAUUUUUAUUUGGACUCGAUAUUCUAGUGCGCACCUUUGUACAUAUUAAGGUUUUUUUUAGUGUGAGCUUGUUUGUCUUUGAAGUUCACGCCCUUGUUUAUUUGGGGUUGCGGGAUUUCCUGUCAAAUCAGAGCAUCGAUUUUUUAAGAGUAUCUUUAUUCAGGGUUCAAAA